AUGGGAUAUACAUUUGCGAUUCUCGCUCUUCUCUUCCCAGCCUUGAUUCUCCUUCAUCUCCUCGUCGCUCCAUACACCAAAGUCGAGGAGUCGUUCCACGUCCAGGCCGUACAUGAUAUCUUAGCCAACGGGCUACCCAAUGGCUUUAAUGACCUGAAUCUCAACCGCGCCAACUAUGACCAUUUCUCUUUCCCGGGGGCUGUUCCCCGGAGCGCCAUUGGCGCUGUGGCCCUUGCUAUGCUCUCGAAGCCCGUGAUCUGGUUGAAUGAGGGGAUCAACCGACAGCUAUUAGCUCGAGCUAUUCUGGGCCUGCUCAAUGCCUCCUCUCUAGCAGUCUAUGCAAGAGGCCUGCGCCAUAGCUUCGGCCAGCCAGCAGCUAUCUGGUAUAUCCUACUCCAAGCAAGCCAGUUCCACUUGAUAUUCUAUGCCUCAAGGCCACUAUCAAACAUGUUCGCCUUCAGCAUGACAACGCUAGCAAUGUGUCUGCUCCUCCCAAGCCCUGUCCCAACAUCCCAAGACCAAAAGCAAUACAGCCUAGCACUCGCCCUCCUCACCACCGCAGGCGUAAUCUUCCGCUCCGAACUAGCCCUCCUAGUCGGAACACAGACUCUCUUCCUACUAGCAACCAGACGAAUCAACCUCCAACACACCAUCAUCGCAGGCCUAGUAGGCCUCACAACCGGCCUCACUCUCACAAUCUACCUCGACAGCACAUUCUGGCAACGCUUCCCACUCUGGCCGGAAUUCGAAGCCUUCCGCUUCAACGUCCUGGCAGGCCAAUCGUCCGAAUGGGGCACAGAGCCAUGGUCAUUCUAUUUCCUAAACGCCCUCCCCCGCCUCCUCUUCAAUCCCCUCUCCUACCUCCUCGCCAUCCCCAUCGCCCUCCGACAACCCGCCACGCGAUCACCAGCACUGGCACUUCUAAUCCCGGCGCUGUCCUUCGUCGCCAUCUACAGCUUCCAGCCACACAAGGAAUGGCGCUUCAUCGUCUACAUCAUCCCCUCCCUCACGGCAGUUGCAGCCCUCGGCGCCGCAUAUCUCUGGACGCAUCGCUCGCGCUCUGUUUUCGCUCGUCUGGCGACUCGCGCCUUGGCUAUCUCCACACUCGCCGUGUUCUGCCUGUCGAAUUUUGUUCUUCUUCCUGCGUCUGCGGCAAAUUACCCUGGUGGUCAGGCUCUCGACGCUAUGCAUUAUCAACAUUCUAUCCUCCGUGAGACAGACUUGCAUGAUACGACCAAUGCUUCUGUCAAUGUCUACCUAGGUAACCUCGCCUGCCAAACGGGUGUAACACGCUUCUUGCAACAACCCCCUUCGUCGGGAUGGGUAUACGACAAAACUGAAGACAAGGCCAUUAAAUCUACUAGUGGGUUCUGGGACCGGUUUGAUUAUGUCGUUGUCGAGGCGGAUAACGAGGCCGGCUUCAUGGAUGCUGAUGAGACGAGUCUUCGGCGUGCACUCCCUGCCUCCGAAUGGGAGAGGGUGCUUGUCGUAGAUUCGUUUGCGGGGAUUUCGGUUUUGAAGCCUGGGACUCCUGCUACUGGAACUGCUGAGCGCCGUGUUAUCAGUACUAUUGCGGGUGCACGUGCUGUUGAUUUGUUUGAGGGUCUGCGCGAGUAUGUGAGGAAUACCUUGUUGCGAGGGUGGUGGGUUGAGGUUAAAAUGAGACCGAGGGUUCAAGUGUUGAGGCGGGUGAAUAGAAGGGGGUAG